CCAAGUCAGCGAGCCUGACCACCCGAUCUCGUUAGUCGCUGAAGACCAAUUCUAACUCGGAUCUUCACGGUUGCAUUGUACUGAAUAUAGGUCGAGAGUCAAGUGAGUGUGUUGACAUCUACCCAAUCCUAUUUACGUAUUCGCGUCUGUAAAAGUGUUGUGUUUUGAAACAAAUGAAGCUUAUUUUAGUGACACGUUUUUCCAUCCAUAUUUAUUUCAGACAAGAAAUGCCAACCUUAUACCAGGACCUGACUGUUUGGGUUUGCGUGUCGUUGGCGUGGAGUGUAGCGUCAACGUCUGUCACAGCGACCAGCGGCACGCCUUCACUACUAACCAACAACUCUGAAGCUGACACGGCAGAUACUCCAGCAAAAACCACGGCAGCGUCGCCUACAACGUCACUAUGCGUCUUCACCGUCGACGAUGACAGUGCCGAUGACUUCGCUUACCUUGGAAGGUCACACAACCCGAGAGUCGUGUACAUGACGAUGUCGUUGGUGAAUACGUCGUUUGCGUCGAAGACAAAGCUUGCUUUCCGACCCUUAGAGUGGAUAUGGACAUUUGCUACACCAUCGGGAGCCGCGGCUUUUCUAUCCUGGCCCAGGGAUUACAGAGUUCUCUCCCUUGGUAUCCUUGACAGCUUCACGGAUAGCCUCGCUGUGAAGUUGCAUGUGUAUCCCCGGAACUGUCGCGUGCAUCUUGGUAGUAAGGCGACAACACAGGCCAUUAGUGAUGCAAUUGGUGACAUGAUAAAAACUACACUCAGUGUCGUGAACGCCGAUUACAACCACAGCAUUUGGUGCUAUCAGGAAAUCAAACAUAAACUUCCUCUCUCUGACGUCAUCGCCAACUCUUUGGGCAUCAAGACGAGAAUUCUGGUCAACAAGUGCUGCCGAUUAAAAUUUGACACUGCCACCCGCUUGCGUCCUGCUAUUUGCACCGAACCACCCCGAGAACCAACGUUCACAACGACCUCGCUACCCUCCGUGCUUGGCGUUAUCGGACUUUUUUACUUCCCUAUCUGGUUGUGUGCCUUGUCUUACAACAUGUCCCCAAAGUCCAUCCCAUCGAGCCAAGCUGACAUGGAACGGACCAGCACUCUGGAAAUGGACAUCUCCCAUGACGUCAUCUGGCUUUAUCAGGGCACGCGCAGUCCUGUGACGUUCUCGUCAAUAUUUACCCGGAUGUUUCCCCACCUCAAACGUCACCCCCACAUGACGUCGCGCAUACAACGUCUGUUAUUCAUAUAUCUAUCCCCUGCCAUCACGUACGUCCGUCUGUAUGCUUACUACACAAGUGAAUUUCAGUAUUUACAGGACUGCAUCAAGGCCAACGUUCCUAUAGGUUACUCUGCUGUGUUCUUUGGCAUGGAGUUGAGUCGACGGAACGUGUUCACAGCCCUAGGGGGACCGUACGUCCUCCAUUGCGUGUAUUUCGUCGUAGGAACUCUCCUCUUCUGUUUACCGAGAAACCUGUCCCAGUCCAUGUGCAACGUCCUCCACCAGUGUCCCACCAAGACCUGGACUCCCCUGUGGUUAGGCCUGGUGAGAACAUCGCGUCUGGGAGGACUCAAUUGCUCCAGUGAGGACAACAGCUACAAACUGGUGUUAAGGGUUCUUAAGGCAAAUCUAUUCCUACUGAUCAACAUUGAUUUCUGGAGCUAUAUGUCGAAAGUCCAUUAUACACGUCUUCAAAAUAUCUCAGCCAAAUUGGACUCUCUACCAGCAGUUGUUAAAUAUGUAUUGAUGGUAUUUAUUUGUACUGUGUAUAUUGUCGUCUGCUUGGCCGAGACUCUGCUCUGCGUGGUGUAUUAUGGGAUCCCCAUGGUGUACUUCUUCACGCUUAUCUUGCGAGUGUAUAUCAAGUUGGUCCUGGACACAUUCAACAGUGUUGGCUGGUUGAACAAUUCUAAGAGUCCUGUCGCUAGGGGUCUACGUCUUCUGAGGUUCCCGGCUUCAGUGGCGACAGGUCUGGUUCUCGUGUACACAUUGUAUACAUUCUGUGCCAUCUUCAUUUCCAGCUUCACCUUCAUGUUUGGAGUCAUCACCUUCACCUACAUCGGGAUCAUUGCCUACCCCAACAUCGCGUUUGGUUAUUUGACCUUCGCCGUCACGAGUCUGUAUUAUGUAUGGAAGGCAGUCAGGGACAUAGAUAUUGGUUAUAUGAACCUCUUUACAAAAACCAUAAAAGUUAGUACAAAUAUACAAAAAGAACAUCCCGAAAGUUCUAAAACACCAACUAGGUCGACGAAGACCAGGAAGAUGGUGGCGGUCGUGGAAAAUGAAGCCAUCCCGGAGGAGCACGUGACUAACAUGGGUGACAGUUCUGUGCAGGUGCCGUACGUGAGGACUUGUGACAGCCGGCCGGGAGUACCAAAGGAUCUGUUUGAGACAGUUAUAGAAAAACAUCGGCCAUUCCGAGUGUGCGUAUUCCUAUCCUUGCUGAAGCUAACAGUCAUCUGUCUCCUCAUCACUACCACUGUGCGUCUGAUUCACGACUUCAAUACACAUCACCAUAUAUCGGUCAUCGUCAGUGUCUUGUCAUCUCUGAUCGUCUGCUCCAUUCCUCGCGUGCUUAGCCUCGUUUUGAGACAUGAGGACAGCGCAGCUACGGAAGAGGAUUUUUGCAGACGGCUCUCCAAGACAGUGCGAGAAUAUUGGCGUCAGAAGGACAGGAGGGAGCUGGUGAGCAUGUGUUCCUCUGUCAAGCAGAAAGUGAGUGAGUGAGUAUGGUUUUAACAAUAUUCCAGCAAUAUCA